CUGACGAAUUGCGUUCGACAAUUAAAUUUCAAUUAAAAAAAGUACUAUGCCUUGGUGUGGCAGUGGGUCAUGUCGGAAUGAGUGAAGACGAAUUGGUUGCUAACAUUAUGUUGAGCAUCAAUUUCUUGGUUUCUUUGCUCAAGAAAAAUUGGCAGAAUGUUAAAAGUUUGUAUAUUAAAUCUUCUAUGG